AUGACUAAUUCAAAGGGAGGGACGUCGACUAAAGUCGGAAAUUCCCUUGUCAAAUUGGCGGGCAUCAAAAAAAACUAUCGGGACCCCAUCGGAGAGGACCCCGUCACCCGCGGAGAAUCAACCUUUUCCGUUGGAACAUCGGAUACCUAUGCCUAUGUCGAACAAGAGCCAUCCUCGGCAGACUGGCUGCGCGAAUUGGUCCCUACUGGCCAGCAGGUCGUACAAUACUUUACCAACCUUUUCCCCUUCUUGCGCUGGAUUACUCGAUAUAACCUUCAAUGGUUAAUUGGUAUCACUGUGGGCGCGGUUGUGGUGCCGCAGAGCAUGGCAUACGCAAAAUUGGCUGAGCUAAAACCUCAGUUUGGGCUUUAUUCGUCGUUUAUGGGCGUACUAAUAUAUUGGUUUUUCGCAACCUCCAAGGAUAUCACCAUCGGACCUGUUGCAGUAAUGUCGACGUUAGUUGGCCAGGUCGUCAUCAAGGUCCAGGCAAAUAAUCCAGAAAUCCCAGCGCAUUAUGUUGCAAGUGCACUUGCAAUUAUCUGCGGUGGGAUCAUCACCUUUAUCGGCCUUAUUCGGUGCGGCUGGAUCGUCGAUUUCAUCCCUCUGACCGCAAUCACUGCUUUCAUGACAGGUUCGGCCAUUAGCAUUGCCGCGGGCCAGGUUCCUUCUAUGAUGGGUAUUCGUGGUUUCGACACACGUGAUGCAACUUUCAGGGUUAUCAUCAACACCCUCAAACAUCUACCAGACACAAAAAUUGAUGCCGCAAUGGGUCUGACUGCACUGUUCCUCCUCUAUCUCAUCCGCUGGGCUUGUAAUUUCAGCGCCAGAAAAAACCCGAACAAGCAAAAGCUGUUUUUCUUCCUGGCCACGUUACGGACCGCAUUUGUCAUUCUUCUAUAUGUCAUGAUCAGCUGGCUAGUCAAUAAAAACCAUCGCGAGAAGCCAAUUUUCAGGAUAUUGGGCACAGUACCUAGGGUCAACACCAAAAUCAUAAAAAACUUUGCAAGCGACAUCCCCGCGGCCGUCAUAGUUCUCUUAAUUGAGCAUAUUGCCAUUUCAAAGUCGUUCGGGCGAAUCAAUAAUUACACCAUCGACCCAUCUCAAGAAUUAGUUGCUAUUGGCGUGACCAAUCUUCUUGGACCCUUCCUUGGAGGGUAUCCUGCUACAGGGUCGUUCUCAAGAACCGCUAUCAAAUCAAAAGCUGGUGUUCGCACACCAUUUGCUGGUGUCAUCACUGCUGUUGUGGUUUUGCUUGCCAUAUACGCCCUUCCUGCGGUUUUCUUCUACAUACCAAAUUCUUCGUUGUCUGCUGUCAUUAUCCAUGCCGUCGGAGAUCUUAUCACACCACCAAACACCAUCUAUCAGUUUUGGAGAGUCUCGCCUCUCGAAGUUGUGAUUUUCUUUGCCGGCGUCUUGGUUACAAUUUUUUCUUCAAUUGAAAACGGCAUCUACUGUACCGUUUGCGUAUCAGCCGCUAUUCUUCUUUUCCGAGUUGUUAAAGCUCAGGGGCAGUUCCUUGGACGAGUCAAAAUCCAUUCUGUAAUUGGAGACCAUGUUCAAGGAAACGAUGGAAAACACGGUGGCGCCUUCGAAGCAAAUAGCUUUAACCCUUCCAGAGCCAAUAACCCAUCUUCAGCCCGAAACAUCUUCCUUCCACUUAACCAUAAUGAUGGUUCAAACCCUGAAAUCGAAGUAGAGCAGCCUUCACCGGGGAUAUUUAUCUAUCAAUUUUCCGAAGGGUUCAAUUAUCCUAAUGCAAAUCACUACCUUGACUACCUCGUCUCUACGAUAUACAAGCAUACGCGACGAACGAACCUUGACAGCUACCCUCGUCUGGGUGAUCGGCCAUGGUGUGACCCCGGGCCCCGCAAGGGCCAGGUUGAAGAAGAUCGUUCACAUCUUCCCACUCUCAAAGCUAUUAUCCUUGACUUCUCCUCCGUUAACAACGUGGACGUCACUUCUAUCCAAAAUUUAAUCGAUGUUCGCAACCAGCUCGAUAGAUAUGCUGCUCCGCAACCCGUCCACUGGCAUUUUGCUCAUAUCAAUAACCGAUGGACCAAACGCGCUCUUGUUUCUGCUGGCUUCGGCUAUCCGACACCCAGCCCUGGAGGGAAUGGACGAUGGAAAGCGAUUUUCAGCGUCGCGGAAUUGGGAGGUAGUAAUUCUGCUGCUGCUCACGAAGCGCUUAAGAGACGUCGUGAAUCGGAUCAAUACAGCGACAAAUUCAAACAAGAUGUCGAGGCGGCAACACAAGCGAUAGGGCACAUUUCCCAUAAAGCCGGCGGAGAGGAUGGCGUCGAAGAAACAUCCAGCACUGAGUCUGGAAACGAGCUUGGAAAAGAAUUGGAUUCUAGCAAAGUGUAUAGUGUUGCGAGCCGGAGAAUUGUUGCUGUCCAUGGACUCAAUAGGCCCCUUUUCCAUAUGGACCUGACCAGCGCACUGCAAGGUGCUCUUGCUAAUUCUGAGGCUACUGCCGCUGAAAACAAUAUUAUAAGGAAUUAG